AUGUACUUCGACGGGGCUGUCAAUUCCGUGGGAUCCGGAGUUGGGGCAGUCUUGAUAUCCUCGGACGGGCGCCAUUACCCCGUCGCUGCGAAAGUGGAUUUCUCCUGUACCAACAAUGUGGCCGAGUACGAGGCGUGCAUCCUCUGUCUACAAGCGGCGAUUGAUUUCAAGGUGAAGGAGUUAGAGGUGUUUGGCGAUUCCAUGCUCACAUUCUUCCAAACGUUGGGGGAGUGGAAGACGAAAGACACGAAGCUAGUCCCGUACCACGAAUACCUUGAGGAGUUGGCGAAGAAUUUCGAGAAGAUCUCAUUCACCUACACCCCACGGGCGAAGAAUCAGUUCGCAGACGCACUUGCGACACUUGCAUCCAUGGCGAGUAUUUCAGAGGGGAACAUCGUCAAAACCCUCGAGAUCGAAGUGGCCAAAGGCCCGGCCCACUGCAACACGAUUGAAGCGUCCGAAGCGAAGCCGUGGUACGAGGACAUCAAGAACUUCUUGCAAACAGGCCAAUAUCCCCUGUUCGCCGAUCGCCGCUAUCGAAAGACGCUCAGGUGCCUUGCGAUGCACUACUUUCUGAGCGGUGAGAUACUAUACUGCCGUUCUUUCGAUUCCACGCUCCUCCGGUGCAUCGACGAACACGAAUCGCUAUGA